AUGAAAAAAGACGUUUGUAGGGGGCUGAUGUUGUGACGCGCUAUAGGCUAGACGAGUCUUCGUUACACCCCUUUGCGCUCAUAGACUAGGAAGUGAGACCUGUUAGGUUUCUUUAGGCUUCGCCGCCGUUCUUGUUUGCACUAUUUCGCAGUCGUUCCCGACUAACGUUGACCAGCAUCAAUGACAGAAGAAUAACAUGUUAUAUUAUAUUGUAGGCCUACACAAGACAGAACAGCCCGCGACGCAUCUGGUUUUGGUGUGCUAAACCAUUGCAGUAUGGAGAGAGACCUCAUCUCCCAGACCCAGCCUGAGCAUGGAGGAACCAGCAAGGAGUCCAGCGGUGGAACAAGCUUCCAACCCCUGACUUCUAUUACCACUCGCAUCUCAGCCAACGCCACAGGGACCCCCAUCCCUCCAAGACUCACCCCGAACCCCACCCUGAAACCUCCCACCCUGACUCCCAUCUCUUCCUCCCCUCCUCCUCCCCUCACCCCUGCUCCCUCCUUCCCAGCCUCUCUCACCCCUAAAACAGCUACCCCUCCAGCACUCAUUCCCUUUCCCCCGAAACUCACCCCCACUCCCAACCUUCCCCUCCCUACACAAACUCUACACCUCCUCCCAACCUCCGCUAUGGUGACCACCCCUCCCUCCUCUUCUGCCACGUCUCCCCCCCUGACUGCUUCUCCCCUCUCUCUCACACCCUCCUCCGCCUCAACUCCUAUCACCUCUCUACCCCCCUCCACUGUAACCCAUAACAACGUUAACUCCUCAUCCCCCAAGACUUCCUCCGUCCUGACCAAUGGGAAAACAAGGCCUCCCCCCACACCAACUUCUACUCCAAUCACACCCUUUCACACCCCAGCCAGUCCAACUGGCAAGCAGCUGUCUGAAUCCCAUUCCCUGGGCUCUCCCAGGCCUGUGCCGUCCAAUCAGAGCACUCCGCCUGUGAGCAGGGUGUCCCAGAAGGCCUUGCUCCUGGGGAAACGUCUCCAGAGCUCCAGACGUGAUCAGCUGAUUCUUACCUCCGCUAUGCAACAUGUCCCUUCCUCCUCCUCCUCCUCUUCUUCCUUCUCCUCUUACCCCCGUCCUGCCUCGGCCCAGCUCCAGAAUCUAACCCUGAGGCCUCCUCCUCCGGGUACCCUGAACAUCCCCUCCUCUCUCCGUCUGAAGCCGCCCUCCUCCGCCCCCCCUCCUCUUCCUCUCCCUCGGCCCCGGACGCCCAUCUUUCCCCCUCUCAGGCCUCGCCCGCACCCCACUUCCACGGCGACAGACAGCCAGACCACACCAAGCCAGCACCUCUCAGUCCCUCCCCCGACUCUCUAUUCCUCUGUGCGUUCCGUCCCUCUGAGACCCAGACUCCACUCUCCCAGCAACUACAGAGCUGUGCCCCCACGACAGAGCCCCGCCCUUCGACCAAUAGCUGCUGCCACUGCCAAACACGCUCCUCCCAUGAAAAGACUGUGGACUGGACUGGCAAGCUGUCCAUCAUCUCCGAGCCAGCUCAGGCCCAGCCAGUCUCAGCACAUCUCCCUAUCUAGCUCCCAUCCGCUGAAUUCUACUUCCUGUUUUGAGAGGUCUCCAUCGGCGGCGAGGCAGCUGCAGAUCAUAGCCCUCUCCUCCGGCCGCCAAUCACAACCCUCUAAUAGUGCACAUGCCCAUGCCUCUGUCCAAUCACAACCUUCUGACAGUGCACAUGCCCAUGCCUCUGUCCAAUCACAACCCUCUAAUAGUACUCAUGCCCAUGCCUCUGUCCAAUCCCAGCCUUCUGACAGUGCACAUGCCCAUGCCUCUGUCCAAUCACAACCCUCUAAUAGUGCACAUGCCCAUGCCUCUGUUCAAUCACAGCCUUCGGUCCAGGACUCUCCUCAGCUCGUUGGCGAAUCACAGAGGACUUUAAGUGCUGAAAAAUACAACCCUCAUCCCCCCAAAGCCCCCGUGUGCAAAACCCCCUCCACCCUGCCCUCAGCCCCGUCCACCCUGCCCUCAGCCCCCUCCACCCUGCCCUCAGCCCCCUCCACCCUGCCCUCAGCCCCCUUCCCCCUGCCCUCAGCCCCCGCUCUGCUGUCCCCACCUGCCCCUUGCCUCCAAACCAGCCCCCCCAAUCCCAGUCAAAAGCAGAAAGAGGAGGAGGGGACAGAGGGAGCGAGGGAGGCAGCAGAGACACGGAGAGAGAGCCACAGAGUGAGGGAGGAGAGAGAGGGGGCGAGGGAGGCAGCAGAGACACGGAGAGAGAGCCACAGAGUGAGGGAGGAGAGAGAGGGGGCGAGGGAGGCAGCAGAGACACGGAGAGAGAGCCACAGAGUGAGGGAGGAGAGAGAGGGGGCGAGGGAGGCAGCAGAGACACGGAGAGAGAGCCACAGAGUGAGGGAGGAGAGAGAGGGGGCAAGGGAGGCAGCAGAGACACGGAGAGAGAGCCACAGAGUGAGGGAGGAGAGAGAGGGGGCAAGGGAGCGCUCUGGGGAGGACAGAGAAGUCGGAGAGAUGGAGGACCACAGAGAGAGAGGGACGACAGCAGAGAUGGACGGAGAAAGAGAGAGGACAGCGGAAGACAAGGUGGACCAGAAGAAGGAGCGUCCUGGAGGAGAAGAGAGGAUGGAGGGAGCGGAAGAUCGGAGGGAAACAUGUCAAGAAGACCGAGGGGGAGAGUGGAUGGAUGUGGACCGAUCCCACACACAGUCCAAGUCUCAGACGGGUUUCCCACAGCAACACUGUCAUGUCGAACCAAACAAGAACCAGGACAAGGACCAGUGCAGCACCUCUCCGAACCAGACCCUGUUGGACCCUGCCAAAAAGACCCAAUCGAUAGACAAAGUAAACCUCUGUGAGAGCCUGUCAGCUCAAUCUGACAACCUAUCAGCAUUGUCCAGUCUCUCAUCUCAGUCUCCCCCCUCCUCUCCCCCCAUCCUCCCUCCUCCAGACAGCCCUCCUCCCCACCUGCCAGCUCUCUCCACCCAUCUGUCAUCCCCUCCCAGCCUAUCGCAGGCCCAGCCUGAGACGUUCAGCGAAUCACAGCCCGGGCCCUGGGCACAGAAGGUGUGGCCAGAGGGAGGUAGGCGGGUCCUGACUCACCUGGUGGAGGGCUUUGUGAUCCAAGAGGGGCUUCAACCGUUUCCGGUGAACCGCUCGUCCCUAUUGGUCCAGGAGGAGGUGUGCGUGACCCAGAAUAGUAAUGGGGCCAAUGGGGUGGCGCAUGUCCCGCUGACAGACACGAUCGCCCCCCCCUCCGAUCAUUCAUCCGAUUCAGAUGAAGAGGGCGGGGCCACGGAUGAUCCAAUGACCUUAAGGGCGGGUCCCAGAGAGAAAAAGGCGGUCCUUUACUGUCAGUUCUGCGCAAAGAGAGGCCACGCCCACAACUUCAUGCGUUCCAAACGUUUCUGUUCCACUGCCUGUGCCCGGGGGUAUAAUGUGGGUUUGACCAAGCGUCUGAGGGCACUGAGUGCGGGCAGCCGGGCGGAGGGCCGCAGCUCCAGCUCCGGCCUGAAGAGGGCGAUGUCUGUCCCUGGGAAGCCCCUGCUCCUGAGGCUGCCGCGUGACCUCUGGAGUGCCCAUCGCCAUGACCACAAGGACGAGGAGGAGGAGGAUCCUGCGGUCUCCAUGACUACCAGGCUGGGGCGACGCGCCGGCAGGAGGAGGGAGAGGAGGGCAUCCGAGCCGGCGAUGACCUCUGAACCCUGCGUGACCUCUCUCCUCCGACCUGCCCAGUGGAGCGUGGAGCAAGUCUGCGACUUCAUCAACACUCUGCAAGGUUGUGGGGAGGUUUCCGAGGCGUUCCGGCUGCAGGAGAUCGACGGCCAGGCUCUGCUCCUCCUGACGGAGGACCACCUCAUGACCAGCAUGAACAUCAAACUGGGACCAGCUUUGAAGAUCUGCGCCCACAUCAACACUCUGAAACACCCCUGAGCGUGGGAGGGAGGAGGGGGGGUGGGGACCGAGGAGAGGGGGUGAUAAGCAGAAAUAAAGUAGCCUCCACAACUGAGAGGACACAGAAGCCAGGAACAGUUCAAAGGUGAAACAGCAGAUAGACUGCGAGACACAAUGACAAUAGAUUUGCACAUAUUGGAGAGGUUAUGAGUAGUGGGUGGCCUAAAGUGAAGGAUCUGAUGUGGAGAUGAAACGAGGGGGGUGGAGAGAUGAGGAGGAGAAGAGACAGUCCCUGUCCUGGACUCUUCACUAUUCACAGAGAUUUUUUCUAAUGUAUCUUUGUGGAUAUUUUACAAUGCAGUUUAAGGAUGUUAUUUCGUGAAGGACUAUGAGCAUUUAAUAUAUACAUUUCCCUAACAACAUUUUUUGUAGAGUGUAAUAGUUCAAAUAAAAAAUCUAUUCUAUGAGAAUGUUCUAAAACUGUGUUGAGGAAUAACGUAAUUCUAAAUGAAGAAAAAAAAUAGAGUGAUUUAUAUUAUUUUACUUGAAUCCACUUCCAUUUAUUCAAUGGAUGCCGGUAGAGAACAAUGUCGUUAAUUGUCACAUUUUCAUUUUAUUCUGAUUUAAAUAAUAAACGAAAUAUUCAUAAAAAUUCAUGAAAUUGAUUUAAUGCAGACUUACAUUAUGAUAUUCCGAUGAAGCAUUACGCACCACUAGAUGGCGAUCGUUCAUCGGGAACUUCCUUUCCUGUAAUCCUGCUCA